AAUCGUAUGGAAACUUUAAACGUUCGUCGAUUAAUCUUAUGGGGCAUGCUUAAGCGUAGACUAUUGAAUUAAUAAAUCUAAAGGUUUCAUUUCAUCCCAUACUAGUGGCAAUCCCACAUAAGAAAUGCAAAUUUAAACCUGUGAUAUGAUAAUCGUAUGCAAGCUUCAAAUUCGUUGAUUAACCUUCCAGAAUAUGCUUAUCUCAUUGUAUAAUCUAAAAGGUUCAUCUCAGACUCCUAGCUAUCCCACCACAUAAGAAAUGCUAAUUUAAACACGUGAUACGAUGAUUGUAUUCAAGUUUCAAAUUGUUUGAUUAACUUUCAUGAGUAUGCCUAAUAUUAGAUCAUUAUAUAAUCUAUUGGUCUCAUCCCAAACAACCUGAUAAUUUCAUAUAAGAAGUGCUUAUCACUGCAAACUUCAACUCCGUUGAUUAAUCUUUCAUUUCGAGUGUAGUAUAUGUAGAGAAUGGUAUGUGUUUUCAUGAGUUAUUCAAACUAAAAUUGGUGGCCGGCGACUUCCAAUUGAAAAUAAAUGUUUUGUUGGAUUUAGAAUGAAAAGAAUAUCCGAAGGGAAGUUUUAUGGGAGGAUUGUCUUUGCCGUUGAAGGAGUAGGUGAAUCUCAAAUCACAACUUUUAAUUCGUUGUGGUCCAAAUAAAAUAUAACUUCCAUUUGCCCUUCUCAAUUGGUCUAUAAGCCCACCAUGUACAAAGCUCCCCAAAGACAUUUCAUCCCCACCCACUCUCUCCAAUCCAUUCCUUAGCCCUUCCAUCCUCUCUUUCAAUGCCCGUUUUCUCCAAUGGUCGACCAUGACGUACUUUCAAUAACCUAUAACAUGUCUUCAUUAUAAAACUUUGAAAUUUGUUUGUGUAAUCUCAAAUUCAACUGACUCUCGUUGUUUGGGUCGUUUCAUGGAACAUGAACAAAGCUCAGUUUUUAGUUAGUUGAGUUUUUUUUUUUUUAAUUACCCAGAAACAUUCUCAUUCCCACGCACACAACACGUUUGUAUUGGUGGAGCGGACCAAAUUUGGGGGCUAUCGGUUGCAAUUUUAUGCUGCAAUUGGGCUUAGCACCCAUCAGUCAGACGCCUCCAGAAACACCACACGAGGUUUUGAGGGGCAUUGAAACCAAGACAUCCUGGGGCGACCUAGUCCUGGCGGCACCGCUAGGCUGUCUUACAUUGGCAGGUGGUACUCCAUGGAUCAUCGCUAGGGAUUAAAUUCAGGACCUUGCUUGAGAUGCUCAACCUGCUAGGUUAGCCUUGUUUCGCACUUAGUUAGUUGAGUUAUGAAAAAACGCGCUCUAAGGAGAAAUUUAUUAUGUAAAUUUUCUUACAUGUUCACGCAAAUGAAAGAUAGUUCAGUAAGUUCGAAGUUUGUAUUGUUUUAAAAGAUAGGUCAUUGUAUUUCUUGAGAUUGGACUAGGGUCUUGCAAAAAGACCAAGAAAGAAAAUUGGGUUUGGCUAGAGUUAUGAGUUAGCGUAAGUUAAUGGUACACAAUUUUUUUUUCAAUAUAAAUUUGAGUAAUUUAAAUUUUGUCAAUAAUUGUGUUUGACUAAAGUUAGACUAACGGAGCUACAAUAUUACAAAUGUUAAAAAGUUACAGGAUGGUGCACCAUGAUAUCUCAAAUGCUUCAAAUGUUUUGGGUAAGCAUUUAAUCCACCCACGGAUUUCAAGAUUAUUUGAUAUAUGAGAUUCCACUGUUUUUCUUAUUUUAUUUUUGGACAAAUAUCAUGAUAUUGGUGCACCAUGUAAUUCUAGAAUUCAUGUGACCAUGAUAUCUCAAAUGCUUUGGGUUUACCCAAAGUAUUUGAGAUUUCAUGCCAAAUUAUGUGAGUUCUACCAUGAACUCAUGCAAGUCAAACAAUGCAUUCUAAUAUUACACAAGUUCUCACAACUCAACCUACAGUAUACAUGAAUUCUUAAAAUACAUGAAUUCUACAUUACGUGCGACCCUAAUAGCCUACCAUCCUAUAACUUUUUAACAUUUGUAAUAUUGUAGCUCCGUUAGUCUAACUCUAGUCAAACCCAAUUAUUGACAAAAUUUAAAUGACUCAAAUUUAUAUUGAAAAAAAAUUAUGUACCAUUAAAUUACGCUAACUCAUAAUUUUCUUUUAUUUGGAGUAAGCCUUUUUACCUAUGAUGUCAUGCCCAACCAAGAAAGAAAGAUGAUGUUGAUUGUUAGAUAUGAAAAUUAGUCGGCAGAAAUGAGACGCCUCCAUUCUUGUUGUUUCUUUCCCUCAUUAAAAUGGCGUUAAGCCAAUUUAAGAUCCCUAAUACUAGGGCGGUUAAUGAGCCGAGUCGAGCCGAGCUUUGCCAUAGUUCGGGCUCGGCUCGUUAAUAUAUUUUCAGGCUCGAGCUCGGCUCGUGUUCGUCACGAGCUUUAAUAUGCAAGCUCGAGCUCGGCUCGUUUACGAAAAUAAAAGCUCGAGCUCGGCUCGAGCUCGGCUCGUCAAAUAAGCUUAACGAGCCCAAAAUCAAGUUCAGCUCAUAAAAUGUUCAUGAUAGCUCAAGAUUGACCUAGAACUACGCAUAAAAUUACAUUUAAAUCUGUAGCAAAGUAAAACACAAUAUUUAUCCCAAUUUCAAUACAUAAAAUCCAUGAAUUCUAAUUCUUUUUUUAUGCCAAACCAUUAAAUGAGCUUGUUCGCGAGCUUUCGAGCUGAACAUGGUAUGGCUCGAGUUCGGCUCGAUUAAAAUGAAUCGAGUAUAAAACGAGUUUUCCUCGAAUCGCACACCGACCCGUUCAUGAGCGGCUUGGUUCAUUAACAGCCCUACCUAAUACUAUAGGAUUAAAAUAAAGGGAAAAGAAUCAAAUCCCACAUGAAGCCUACAUGGAAGAUUAAUUAAUCAAAUUAAUAAACCCAAAUUGACGGUUUCAUAAUCCAUUAAUUCCCCUCGUGAAGUCAAACUGUUUAACUCAUUGAUGAUCAUUAAUUAGGGGAAACCAUCUUCGAAAUUUCCCUCUUCGGGCAAUACCACGGUGAAAUUAAUGUGAAAUGAGCCAAUUUUAGGGUUUCGGUCUAAUGAUAACGAGCGAUUAAAUAAUACCUAGUUAUUAGUAGAUAACUUUAGGUUGGCAAUUGAUUCGGUUCGGUUAUAAUAGGAAUCGUUCAGUCGGUUCUGGAUUAAUCACUUGUGUUUACCAUUAAUCAUUCUCUUUAUGUUAGUCAGUUAACUGCAACUAUAUAGUGGGUUCUAGGUUAUUUUGUUGGUUAAUCGAAUAACCGUUAAGCAAGUCAUUCGACAAGGUUAUACCAAAAUAAUCGAUUGAUAAUCUAACCAACAUAAGGCUUCCUCCUUUUUACAAUCGUGCAUUUUUGCAUAAUUUUGUCCUACAUACGUAUGUGUUCUUUUUUAUGUUGUUAAUAUGGAAUAUAAAAUAAUUUAACAUAGAUAUCAAUUCAUAGUAAACUCAAUUCAACACUAGUACACAAUAACAUCAUUCUACCGUCAAAUUCGUUCAAAGAAGCAGACAAGAAUAAGAGACCCAACACUUAUAUACACGCUAACAGGACGACCGUUUAUCAACCAUAAAAAACUUAAUACAAUUUGGAUUGCAAUAUAAUUAAAUCUGACUAAAUUGAUAUUCGAAUCGAAACGAUCAAUUUAAUACAUAUCAUGGUUUGGCUUUUUAUUAUGAUAUAUAUCCUUACUGGUUACCACUAAUCCAAUGCUAUUCUUCUCCUUCUUGUUCAUCAUCAUUUUUCAUGAGAUCCUAUAUCUAUUUCAAACCGAACCCGACCAAACCACGGUUCACCCACCCUCUAGGUUCAAACAUCAACCAAACACCAUCUAAUAAAACCCCAUCCUUUGCCCCCCCAAAAGAACAAAAGAAUCUCUAUAAAACAACAUCCAUCCCAUAGAAGCUCUAAUGUUCCUUCCAUUUUCGUUCUCCCUCUAACAGGAAAUGGAAACGGCAUUUCCACAUAGUUGGAAAUCCAGAUUCAUACAUCGCUAGUAACCCUUUUGCCAUCCCUUCCUCCUCCUUCCCCUUCCCCCUUUUGUCACCUCCAAACCCUUUCCAAAGUCCCUUUCUUUCUCUCCAAUUCUCCACACUCUGUUUUUUUUUUCUCUCCCCUGCACCCCGAAACCAUGAGGAGCAUCGCCACGUGUUACAGCGAACACGCCACCAAAGUCUCCGACUCGUACUGCUCCGGCCCGGCGUCGAGCCGGACCAGCAUUCCCCAUCACCCGAUCCGCCCGGCGCCGAGCUCCGUCACUUCCACUUACAAAAUAAUCAGAAACACCUCCUCGCCGAUUUUCGUCACCGUCAGUUGGUCCGGCUGCGGCAGGGGAGGCAGGGGAUUCUCCGUCUCUGUAACGGACAAAAUCAAAUCCUCUGCUUGUCAUUCGCCGGCGAAUUCUUUCCACCAAUUGCGGAAACCGAAAGGGAGCAACGAAUUCGAAGCCUGCGGUUCGAGAAUCGAGCUGCUCUGGAACCUCUCCCCUGCUUUCUACGAAACAGGGCCUGAACCGGUCAGCGGGUUCUACGUCGUCGUAUUGGUCGAUUCGGAGCCCGGGUUGUUCCUCGGGGACGUCGAGGAGAUCGAGGACGAGGAAGGCGAAAUUGGGUUCCCAAAAUUAGGAGUCAACGGGGAGAAGAUUCGACUGGCGGCGGAGCUCUCCCCUGUUUCCCGGAUCGAGAAAUUCGUUUCCGGCGGGUCGGGUCAUGGUUCGUAUUCGACCCGGGCGCAGUUCAGCAGGGUGGGGGAAAUGCACGACGUGAUGAUCAAUUUCGGGUCCGGGGGUGAUCGGUCGGCGGCGGGGAUGUCGGUCUGGAUCGACGGCCGGCGGGUUUUUCAGGUGAGGAGGUUGAGGUGGAAUUUCCGCGGGAACCAGACGAUUUUCCUGGACGGGAUUGUCGUGGACGUGAUGUGGGAUUUGCACGACUGGUCUUUCAAGGAAACAUGGGAAGGAGAAAAAGAAGAAGACGGCGGCGGAAGAGGAGGAGGAUAUACGGCGGCGGCGACUAGGGGUGCGGCGGUUUUUCUGUUCAGGACGAGAAGCGGAUUGGAUAGUAGGCUGUGGCUGGAUGAGAAGAUUCUUGAGCAGAAGAAGGAUCCUGAGAGAGCUGAAUUCUCCCUCUUGAUUUGUGCAUGUAAGAAGCCAGGUUGAUCUUAUGGGGUUCUUCCAUUUUUCUAAUAACGAUUUAACUCGAAUCUAAGUAUGAUAAAAUUGAGCAUAAAAUUUUUGGUUUUUUGCUCGCGAAAUUCGAGUGUUUGAAUGAAAUUGGUUGAGCAUGGUAGAUAUAUUUUGUUUCCACUAAGUUAACAUGUGAAAGAUCUAUCAAGUACAUAGAUUUCGAUUAGAGUGGAAAUUUGUUUGGUGAUUGAGUAUUUUGACGUUUGCGUGAAUUAAGUACAAGAUUGAUUAUCAAGUGUAUUUUUCUUCGUGAAUGUUAGAUACUAAAUCCUUAAUUUAGCGGGAUGUAAUCUACCAGUUCGCGUAAUAUUGUAUUAUAAAUUUGUGAGAAUGAAAUAUCUUUUAUUUUUUUUCUUAAUAUGGCUAUGCACAAUACAAGACGUUGAUUUGUCCAAUAUAUAGUUGCAUUUGUAAAUUUAGACUUUGAGAGACUGAUCAAGUAGGAUAUCUUAUAUCUAUUUGGUUUCUUGGUUUGGUUGCUUUCGUUGGUGGGGUGGUUUCUAGUUGUGUGUCUUAACUUUGGAUAUGGGUUCUACACAACGAAAUUGUUGGUAUGGGUAAUAGAGGGAAACAAGAAGGCAAGCCAGGAAUGUGACAUUGAUGGCUGAAAGAGAAACGUACUUAUUGAAAGAGGUGGUGUGUGAAUGAGAAAUUUUUUCGCUGAAUUCUUUAAUUGAGCGUUAUAUGUAGCCAUUGUAUUGCGUUGUUUUAAUAAACAAAAUAAGUAUGUAAUAUGAACAUCAACAAAUACAUCUCUCAAUGGUUUGUUUCAGCUUUUUCAGAGAUUGCAUGUCUUUCUUUUAAAUUUCCAACCAACUCUUUUACUAGUGAGUUCGAUUCACACUUGAUAAGCACACCAUUGACGACUGACGUGCUAUCUAUAUACUAAAACUGUGAAUGUUAGCAAUUUGCCAAUGAACCCUAUCCAUUAAAAUCUCAUAUCACAAAUGUAGAAUCGAUGAUUACAAGUUAAAUAAAAUGCAGAGCAAGUGAUUUCGACAUAUAGGAAAUUUAGCAAACACAUCUUCUAUUUCCGCAGUUUCGUCGGGAUCCUCUCUUUCUUCGGAAAAAAGGGAAGAGUCCCCCUCCUCUUCCUCUUUAGUUUCCCUCGUUUUGUACUUUGGUUCUAUUUCGAUAUCUUCUUCUUCCCUUUGUUCCAUUUCUGGGGUUUUUUUUAAGGGGUCGUUUGGAAGUUGCGAAUGUUAAAUCGUUGCAUUGUAAUGAAUCACUAUAAUAUAAAUGCAUGUAUUGAUACAAUGGAUGCAUUUUAACAAUACAUUGUUUGGUUGUUGAGAUUCUACUUUAUGCAUUGAUUUACAUAAAGUUACUUUUAUGGAGAAAUGUCACAUUUGCCCUCAACUUUUAGAAUAAGACAAAAAACUAUUGGGAAUAUAAAUGGAAAGAAAAAAUUGACACAAGUCUAAAACCAACAAUCUCAACUUUUAGUUGAGAUUGUAUAAUGCAUCAUUUUUUGUGAUUGUUGGUGGGACCUACUUUAAACAAUGCAUGCAUUGUUUAACACUUUGACACUUCCAAACAUUGUAUUGUGCACAAUACAUGUAUUCAACAAACACAACUCUAACAAUCACAACUUCCAAACGAGUUCUAAAAUUUCUUACUAAAAAUCGUGUCAUCAUGAACUUGUUAACUAAGCAUGUCGAUCUCACUCGUAAGGGACUUGCACAAAAGAUGACCCAAGUGACUAAAUGUAGAUGAACAACUUACUGCCCACACAAACAUAUUUGUUCCGACAUUCAUAAUAUAAGGACUUGUUUGUC